AUGGCAAGCCCAUCUCCAUCCAUCCGUCUAGACGACAUCGCUCUAACGCUUCCUCUCCCACAACAGCCUCACGCCGACGCCGCCUCUUUCUCCCCUUCUCUCAGCAAACCAACUGCCUUUAACCAACUGCUCACCUCCCUCGGAACCCUAGUAGCUGACCAGCGCAACUGGGUCGCCAACACCGCCAACACCGCCUCGCUGCUAUGGCAUAUGUACCACUCACUGCCCGCGCCGUCUGCGUCUGUAAACUGGUCUGGCUUCUACGUGCUUGACCCAAAGGAUUCGACACAGUUGAUCCUCGGCCCGUUCAUGGGCAAAGUCGCGUGCCAGACCAUCCGGAUCGGGAAGGGCGUCUGUGGCGCGGCGGCCGAUGGGGAUGGGAGGACUGUCUUGGUCAAGGACGUCGAGCGGUUUCCUGGCCAUAUUGCUUGCGACGGCGAUAGUCGGAGUGAGAUUGUCGUCCCGAUCCGGGCCGGUGGGAAGGUCGUCGGAGUCAUGGAUGUUGACUGUGCAGAGGUCGAGGGGUUCGAUGACGAGGAUCAAGAGGGUCUCGAGGCCAUAGCUGAGCUGUUGGGCCAAUCGUGUGAUUGGUAA